UUUUUUUCUCCCCACGAUCGCAGAAGAUACUGUAUCUUGGUUUAGAAUGUCUGGGAUUCUUUUGCACAAACGAGGAUAAUUGUUACUUCUCGGAGGUGAUUUUUUUUUUUCAACCAAGUGAGUAACCAACCAAGACUCUGACCAUGUGCGCUUUCAUCCUGGAAAACUUCCCUCGUUUAAGUUAGGGUCCCUGCACUUGACUUACAAUGGAAAAAAUCCUCUGUGGUCUUCUCGUGUUUGGAAUGGCAGUAGUGGUCAACUCGUGUCCAAAGUAUUGUGUUUGUCAAAACUUAUCAGAGUCAUUGGGGACUUUGUGUCCCUCAAAGGGCCUACUUUUUGUACCAAUAGAUAUCGACAGAAGGACAGUGGAGCUCAGACUCGGGGGCAAUUUCAUCAUAAGCAUCCACAGACAGGACUUUGCCAACAUGACUGGUCUUGUGGACCUCACCUUAUCUAGAAACACUGUUAGUUAUAUCCAACCCUUUUCUUUUAUUGACCUAGAGAGCCUUCGAUCGUUGCAUUUAGAUAGUAAUAGACUGACCAGCCUCGGAGAUGAUAUAUUCCGAGGAUUAAUCAAUCUUCAACAUUUGAUAAUGAACAAUAACCAGCUCAACGUUAUUUCAGAUGAUGCUUUUGAGGAUGUUCUACAAACACUGGAAGAUUUGGACCUUUCUUAUAAUAAUCUGAAAAGCAUCCCAUGGGAAGCUAUAAGACGAAUGAUCAACCUUCAUCAACUUAGCCUGGACCACAAUCUAAUUUCUUACAUAACGGAGGGCACCUUUCAGGAUUUGAAUAAAUUGGCCAGGCUAGAUCUAACGUCUAACAGGUUACAAAAACUACCUCCAGAUCCCAUAUUUGCAAGAUCCCAAACAUCUAUGACAUCAGCAACGCCGUUUCUUCCCCCUUUAUCUCUCAGUUUCGGAGGAAAUCCACUUCAUUGUAAUUGCGAGCUGCUUUGGUUGAGGAGGCUUGACCGUGAAGAUGAUAUGGAAACGUGCGCAUCACCCUCUGCCCUUAAAGGAAGAUAUUUUUGGUAUGUACGGGAAGAGGAAUUUAUAUGUGAACCCCCUUUAAUUACCCAACAUACUCAGAAGCUACUUGUUCUGGAAGGGCAGACAGCUUCAUUGAAAUGUAAAGCAAUUGGGGAUCCGGCUCCAGUCAUCCAUUGGGUUGCCCCUGAUGGACGCCUCAUUGGAAACUCCUCGAGGACGGCUGUCUACGACAAUGGCACGUUAGACAUCCUCAUAACCACAUCGAAGGAUUAUGGAACUUUUACUUGUAUAGCAGCAAACGCUGCUGGGGAAUUAACAGCGCCGGUUGAGCUGUCUAUCGUCCAGCUUCCGCAUCUCAGUAACGGUACCGGUCGAUCAGCGCCGCCCAAAUCUCGGCUCUCUGAUAUCACCAGCUCCAGCAAAUCAAACAGAGGAGAAGUAAAGACUCCACCGGAAAGGGCUGUUGUGGUUUCAGAGGUGACAGCUACCUCAGCAUUGGUUAAGUGGUCAGUGAGCAAGGCUGCCCCAAAAGUCAAAAUGUACCAGCUACAGUACAACUGCUCAGAUGACGAUGUUCUCAUAUACAGGAUGAUCCCUGCUUCAAACAAAGCAUUCGUGGUGAACAACCUUGUUUCAGGAACUGCGUAUGACCUCUGUGUCUUGGCCAUUUGGGAUGACACGGCGACGACUCUCACGGCUACCAACAUAGUGGGGUGCGCCCAGUUCUUCACCCAAGAGGACUAUCAACAAUGUCAAUCCAUGCAUAGCCAGUUUUUAGGGGGAACAAUGAUUCUUGUAAUUGGAGGCAUCAUAGUUGCUACAUUGCUGGUCUUCAUUGUUAUAUUAAUGGUAAGAUAUAAACUUUGCAACAAUUCCCAGGGGAAGAUGGCCAAUGUCACCAAUGUCUGUUCUCAAACUAAUGGAGGAAAUACAGUGCAGAAUGGGGUCCCACCACAAGUCAAUCCAAAAGUGGUGGUGAGGAAUGAACUGAUGGAGUUCAACUGUGGCUCAGUGCACAGUAGUAUCUCAUCAUCUUCUAGUUCUGCGAAUAGUCCAGAAGGUGAUGACUAUAGCCUACAGAGUACCCAUAGCACUUUGUCUAAUAAGUGGAGAUCUGCCUCUAGAUCUAAGCACAAUAUCGAUAGACUCAUGGGAGCAUUCGCAUCCCUGGAACUGAGAUGUCAGAAAAAGGAGGACAAUGUGGACUCCAGGACUACGACGACAGUCCACCAGUCAGACAAAGAACCAUUGCUGGGCCACCAAGAGUCCAAAGUCCGUAGCCUUCUAAUGUUACCCCUGGAAGGCAAAGCCAAACGUAGCCAUUCUUUUGACAUGGGGGACUUUGCCACAACGCAGUGCUGUAGUUACCCCAGAAAGAUUACAAAUAUUUGGACUAGGAGAAGCCUUUCAGUUAAUGGCAUGCUAUUACAAUAUACCGAUAGCGAGCUAUCAGUCAACGCAACUAAAGGGACAUACGACAGCUCAGAAUGGGUUAUGGAAAGCACAGUGUAAAAAGUAUACCCCCCACUCUAAAAAAAUUGCCUAAUUGGAGGUAAGCAUAGAGUACAAGAAAAAAAAUAAAAUAAAACACGAAACCGAUUGCUAGGUCUCUGGAAUCAGAGAUGGGUAAGCACAACUAUCUACAGCAGGAAGUAUUGCCGGUACAGAGAGUUGUAAUAAGAACCAUCAGUGGUGGAGUGUCCAACCAAGCAGAUGAGAAGCGUAUGUUUUAGUCUAAGUGCUCUUGGUCAGAUACACGCGAAGGAUGACUGAAGAAGGAAUCUUGAUUCCUGAGCAGUAGAAGACCCGUGGAGGCCUCCUUGAAUUGGUGGAGACAACCAAUCAUCCUAAACGAACAUCAUUUGUGGGCACAUUAACUGUUUUUUUUUCUUUACUUUCUCCAUUAAUUUAUGGCUGUAAAUUUUAAGAUAGAUGUUCUAACGUAAUUAAUAAAUCUAAACUAUUUAAAAUCUAUUUUUUAAAAAGAAUAAAGUCAGAGAGCGAUAAAUACACUGCAUAUUUUAUUAUUUCAGUCUAUUUUAUUUUAUUUUUUUCAGAUAUACCUAGAGGAUAUUUAAAAAAAAAAAAAAAAAAAAACUAUUGUUAUUAUAAAAGUGUGUUAAACAAAAAAAAAAAUACCCUAGUAUCACAAAUGUGAAAUGUAAAAAAAAAAAAAUAGAAUUCCGAUAAAAAUAAGGAGAGUCUAAAUUUAUCCAAAGUGCAUUCAUUUUUGAGUUCUUGUUUUUUCUCGUUUUACAGAUAUUACUACGGGUUGCAUAAAAUCACGUAAUUUGAAUAAGGGGGUGUGUUUGUUGGAUGUUGAAAAUGUUAUACUUCCCAACUGCAUGGGGAUAUGUGUGUUCCUAUGAGGUUACCGCCUCUGUAUGCAGAAAUAUAUGAGCAGUGGUCAAUUUUUAAUGAGAAAUGACAAGAUAAAAAUUGUCAUUCCAGAUGUCAGCUACACAGUCGAGCGUAUCGAGCGGGAGUAGCAGGAUCUCCUUGACGGCUUGCACUUCCUAGUAAAAAAAAUAAUACCCGGAGAGUAUCAACGCUUUUUCGAAGGACUUUUAUGGAUAUUUGGUUCGUCCAUCACCAUUUCCCACCAUUAAUGACUUUAUUGUGACUGGGGGGGGAAAAAAAAAAGUACUUUAAGCAGACAUGGACCUCCGUAGCUCUGUGAUCAUUACUUUCUACUGUUGGUCAUUGGCAUUCUCAAGCAUUUUGUACAGAAAAAUAAAACAAAACAGGAUGGAUAUAAUGUACAUUUUUUUAAAAAAUAUCACACAUAUUAAAGAGAUGAGAGCUAUAUUAUGACCGGGCUGUUUACAUAUCUCGUAUGGUUCUGUUCCCUACUUGGAGUUUUAGACUAUGACGUCCAUGUGAAAAAAAUUAUCUUUUUUUUUUUUUGCUACAAAAUGUACAGUAAAGAUAAAUUCUGCAGUGAGAAUUGGACUUUAUUUUUUUUUUUUUUUUUUUUUUU